CUAUAUUAUAUAUAUGAGCUUGACGUAAAUAUCCAUUCAUGUGCAAGCAAGCAAGCAACCACAUACUCACCUUCAUACUUCACUGCCGUAAAUAUAUAUAAUCCAUUUAUAUCAUAUCCACAAACAUAUAUAUUUGCAGAUUGCUAGCUAGCUAGAUUAGAUAUGAUAUGAUGCAGACAAACAGCAAAGGAGAUUCCGGAAAACCACCCUCAAUUAAGCCUCCUAAUACUCAUCUCGAGUGCUGCAUGUGUGGUGACCAUGGCUUAUCCUUGGAGCUCUUCAGAUGCAAACUUUGCCAAUUCAGAUCUCAACAUAGGUACUGCAGCAAUUUGUAUCCGAAAGCGGAGUCGUACGGCGUGUGCAACUGGUGCCUGACGGUGGAGAAGGGAGAAGAGGCGCAGAAUUCGUCGAAUUCGUCGUCGUCGUGCCGGAAUUCCGGCGAAGAAAACGACGGGAAGAUUAGGAAGAAAUUCGGGGGGAACAAUAUAAGGAUGGGAGGGUCGUGUUUACGCCUAAAAAAUGCGCCUCCCAAAUUGCAAGUGAAGAACCGUCCGGUCCUCAGCAAACAGAAAUCAGUGUCGCCGGAGAGCUCGCCCGCCGCCGUGAAGGGUGUCGCCGCCGCGGCGGGGAUGGAAGAGAGGCUGCGGCGGACCAAGUCAGAUAGUGGGAUCGUUAGACACGUGUUUAGAAAUAAGGUGAGGAGAUAUAAGCUUCUGGAUGAAGUUUCUAGUCAAUGAUUCAAUGAAUGUGUAUUUCGAGGAUAAUUAUUGAAACUUAUUAUUAUUAGUUCGAGGUAAAUUUUGUCUGA